AUGGCAUCUACAGGAAUAAAAAGUAAUGAAAAUAUUCCUUCGGCUUUGGUAUCAAGAACUGUUCGGGUAGUCUUUAUAUCAUUAUUACUUGAUAUAUUAGCCUUUACUAUCAUUCUACCAUUAUUUCCCAGAUUAUUACAAGUUUAUCGUGACCGGGAACAAGGCGAUGAGAGUACAAUAUUAAGUUUGUUUUUAAGAAAUGUACAAAUGUUUAGGGAAAUGAUAGGAGGAGGAGGAAAAAAUCCUAAAUGGGAUCUGGUAUUAUUAGGUGGAGCAUUAGGAUCAUUAUAUUCUUUUUUACAAUUCGUCGCAUCGCCAUUUAUUGGAACAUGUUCUGACAAAUACGGAAGAAGAACUACAUUAUUAUUUACUAUGAUCGGUAAUAUUUUAUCGACUCUUAUAUGGUUAUUCGCAAAAUCAUUUGGUUGGUUUGUAUUGGCUCGUGUAGUUGGUGGAUUAAGUGAAGGAAAUGUACAAUUGUCAAUAGCGAUUGUGUCAGAUGUUACAACACAUGAAUCUAGGUCAAAAGGAUUGGCUUUAGUUGGAAUCGCAUUUGCGAUAUCAUUUACGAUAGGACCAGCACUCGGAGCAUUUUUCGCAUCAAGAGAUUUAGCAAAAUUAUUUCCACAAUUUGUAGAAUGGGGAUUAAAUCCAUAUUCGACACCGGCACUUGUAGCAUUAAUAUUAUUAAGCAUAGAAACACUUUAUUUAUACAUAUCAUUGCCAGAAACAGCAACCAUAUCUCGUAAAUCGAUUACCCGGGAAGAAACCAUCAAACAACCGUCGUCAGGGUCAUCAUCGCAAAAUUCACUUUCAGUAUCAAAAAGAAGGUCCAAUUUAAAAACAUUAAAUUGGAUACAUUUCCUUUAUUUGUUCUUUUUCUCGGGAAUGGAAUUUACUCUUACAUUUUUAACAUUUGAUCUAUUCGAUUUUACCAAUAUGCAAAAUGGCAAAUUAUUAGGGUAUAUAGGUAUAUUAUCCGCUCUUAUACAAGGAGGCUACGUUAGACGUAAGGCACAUAAGAUCGGAGAAAAACGGUUGGUUGUACAAGGAAUUCUAUCAUGUUCGAUAGGAUUGGCCAUUAUAGCUUCAUUAACUAGAACGAAGGAUGGUAUAACUCUGCUAUACGUUGGCGCCACAUUCUUGGCUUUUACUUCUGCCACUGUGGUAAAUUGUUUAACAUCUAUAGCUUCAAUGCAAUGUGAUGAUAACGACGAGCAACAACAAGAAGGUAAUAAUAGUAAUGAAAGUGUAAUACCAAAAGGACAAGCAUUGGGAUCAUUUAGAUCUUUUGGGCAAUUAGGUAGAGCUUCAGGUCCGUUUGCUGCUUGUGGAUUAUAUUGGAUGGCAGGCUCUGAAAUUUGCUACGCCUCAGGUUCUUUGGCCGUGUUAAUUAUAUUCGUAAUCAUUAUAUUUAAAGUGCCUUACGUCCAAAAGAAACCCAAAGAAGAAUAA